GGAAUCGUGCAAACUAGACACAAAUUACACCUCGUGAGAGUAAGUACACAGUUGCAAAUUUUGAGAUUAACUAGCAUUCCAUUCCGUCCAUAUCAACACGAAAUUCAUAUCAUUUAUGAGUGAGUAUGUACAUAUUAAAAUAUUAUGCAUAGCAUAGCCUCCUCCGGCACUCAUAAUAUAAUCUCAGCAAAAAUCUCAACUUGUCAAAGUAGUAAGCUAAGCAGCCCAGUUUAUCUUUCUUCGCUUGGUCUCCUUCCCUGUCGUCCUCUUAGAUAUUUACUUAUUUGGGGUGCCUCCAACGUGACGAUAAUUGGAAUGACGAUACAUAUUACAAAGUAAAGUAAGGAGGAAAUCUGAAGAAUGCACCCUCUUGUCGUCGUAAAUAUCUGUGUACAUACAUCGUCAAGAAUAAAACUGCAUCGGCAGAAGAAGGAUUCUUUCUUAUUGUUUGGCAUGCAUGAAAGUGAACCUUGAGAUAUUUUAUUUUUAUAACAUUCCUAACCCGACCAUGCACUUUGCACAUUUUGUUGUCCUGGGUUAAAUAUAUGGACAAACUUUAAGGGAAAUAUUGCCACUCAGGUCUUGACAUGGAGGAGGAAACAGUUGACAGUCGGGCUUGGUGAAAGUGAGAUUAAUUUCAAGUGUCCUGAGUUCUGAGUGAAAGUGAUAAGUACAAAAAAAUUGAGAACAAUGGAUAAGCUGGGCUACAUCGACUGGUGGGAUUGGCGAUGGACGACCGGCGUCCUUUGUGGGGUCGGAUUACUGAAAGAAUUCCAACCCUCGGAACCAUUCCUGGUCGAUUUUGCUGUAGAAUUUGGAAACUUCACGGCGUCUGAUAUGGUCCACGAAAUCCUGCCCGCGACGACGUACGGUUAUUUCGUCAGUCUCCUUAUUUGCGUCCUUAUCACGGACUUUCUCCGGUACAAACCGAUCAUAAUUGUGGGCGGAGUGGCGUCUGUGAUAUGCUGGAGUAUGACGAUUUGGACGUACGAUAAAAUUUGGCAGGCUCAGCUCCGUCAAGUUGUUGAAGCUGUCGCCCUCUCCACCGAAAUAGCAUACGUGACCUACAUGUACGCCAACGUGGACCGAUCUCACUAUCGGAAGGUGACCUCCUACUCCCACAGCGCCCUUCAUACGGGACGUUUCUUGGGCGGGGUCGCAGGUCAACUCAUCCUCUCAGGUCAUUUUCUCCAUCUUGACAAACUAAAUUACGUCACGUUGGCCGGAGUCUCACUUUCCCUCCUCGUCUCCCUAUUCCUUCCGACGGUGAAGAGGUCCAUCUAUUUCGACGCGAGAUUCUCCGUCAUCUCCAACUUCUCCGGAUUCACGAGUAACGACGGGCGCAGAGUGUCCAGUGUCGCGACGAUUUCGACACUGAGCAGCGGGGAGAGAAAGAUGGGGAUGUCGAUGCCAAAACCGAAACAGGUCGGGGCCAAGAAACGGAUCGUUAGGGCGUCGAGGGCGUUAGUGAGAGACUUUAAGAUUGCGUAUUCGAAUCGCUAUGUGCUUAAGUGGUCGUUGUGGUGGUCGAUUGCGCAGGCGAUCUAUUUGCAAGUUGGGAUUUAUGCGGAACCUUUGUGGAAAGAGAUUGAGGAGGAAACACAUGCCAGCAUUUAUAACGGCGUUAUCGACGCUUCACACGCUUUGCUAAGUGCAAUUUUAGCAAUUUGCGUCGUAUUUAUUCGACUCCCGAUGUUAAAAUGGGGCGAAAUCUACCUCUGCCUGAUCUCUUUCAUCCAAGGUGCAGUACUUUUGUGGAUGUCACAAACGCACAUUCUCUACGUCGCGUAUGGAUGCUAUAUCGUCUUCCAAACCUUGUUUCAAGUCGUUAUCAUCAUUGCGGCAGCGGAAGUCGCCGAAAGCAUAAAAGAAGACAGUGAAGCCUUCAUCUUUGGUCUCAACACGUUGCUCGCACUCAUAAUUCAGACCAUUUUGACCUACGCGGUCGCAGACGAGGCUGGAUUUGACCUUGAAAUCAGACAAGAGUUUGUCGUUUAUGCCGUAUACUUGGGAAUUUUGGGGUUGAUCUUCCUCCUCAUCGCGAUCCAGAGGAGAACUCGGCACUGGGAUGUUGAAAACACUUCCGGUGAUGGAGGCGACGCCGGGAACAACGACACCACGGGCGACGAUUUACCAGGAAAUACUCAACCACAGCCAAGUCCGCCGAGUAAUUUGGCGAGGUGGACGUCAAUUUCUUCAGCAGAAGCGGCUUAUCAACAUAAUGGGCUGGCACCGACGUAGUUGUAGAAUGUUACUAAAAUUUUGGCAAAUUUGCCCUGCAUUUUGACUGAAUAAUGCGGAAAAGCUGUGAUUUUUUAUUAUUUAUCGUCAACGAUAAAAGUGUCAUACUGUGUUUUGUGACAUACAUUUAUUUUACACGUACAUAAAGUAUUUACUUAAAUUCAGGAUUUCGUUGUAGGUGACGAAACCAGUUUUAGUUAAGAAUCGAGUACUUUUUACUGUAAAAGAUGUCUGGGACUGUAAAAUGAGCCCAAUUUAAUACUUACAUCUUUGAAAUUUGUAAUCCUAUACCUUUCAUAAAAUUAUUGCCGUAGGUUGGUUUCGUAUAUAAUUUUUUAUAAGAAGCGAUACAGUGCAAGAAAGUAAAGUAAAACGAUAUAAAAUUA